GUGGCUGCUACUUGCAGCUUCCUGUCUUGCUGUAAAGUGUGCAUGAGGGCAGAUGUGAAAAUCAAAAGCAUAUCUUCACCUCGGUGAGACUCGAUUUGUGUGUUGUUUUGAGUUCUGGGCAGGCCUGAGGAGUUUUCAUUGUUGAACUAGACGUUGAGGACCACUGGUUUACUAAAGAGACUGGGAUUUCAUACGGAUUUGGGGUGAGUUUGAAAGGAGGGAGCGAUGGCCUCCCUCCUGAUGCGAUUCUUUCGGCUAGGUGUGGAGAAAAAGCGAGUGAGGCAUUAUGAGAACCUGAAGAGGGAUGUGGAUCCACACCAGUCGUGGGAGACUCUGGGAGAACUAGGAGAUGGAGCUUUUGGAAAGGUCUAUAAGGCCCAGAAUCAGACUACAGGAGUGCUGGGAGCUGUUAAAGUGAUUGAAGUGCGCAGUGAGGAGCAGCUGGACGACUACAUCACUGAGAUAGACAUCUUAGCGGCCUGUCGACAUCCGAACAUCCUCUCCCUGCUGGACGCCAUCUUCUUUGAGGGCUGGCUCUGGAUCCUGCUGGAGUACUGUCCCGGGGGAGCUCUGGAUGAUAUCAUGCUGGAGCUGGAGCGAGGCCUGACCGAGCAGCAGAUCAGUGAGGUUUGCUGGCAGACUCUGCAGGCUCUAUUUUACCUGCACCAGCACCACAUCAUACACAGAGACCUGAAGGCUGGCAAUAUUCUGCUCACGAUGGAUGGACAGGUCAAACUAGCUGACUUUGGUGUGUCUGCAAAAAAUGACUAUACUCUGCAGAAACGAUCAACUUUCAUUGGAACUCCAUACUGGAUGGCACCUGAGGUGAUCAUGUGCGAAACAUCGAAGGACAAUCCCUACACCUCUAAAGCUGACAUCUGGUCAAUGGGAAUCACUUUAAUCGAGGCGGCAGAGAUGGAGCCCCCUCAUCACUCACUCAACCCAAUGAGGGUCCUGUUGAAGAUCACCAAAUCUCCUCCACCAACACUCUCCAAUCCUCGCCAGUGGUCGUCACAUUUCCAAGACUUCCUUCGAAGGAGCUUGCAGAAGAACCCAGAGGCUCGAUGGGGAACCCAGCAGCUCAUGGCUCACCCCUUCUCUUAUGCUGGACGAGAUGGACGAGCCCUAAAAGAGCUCAUCGCUGAGGCCAAAGCAGAGGUCACUGAGGUCGUAGAAAAUGAGUCUUUGUUCAAUAUCCAAUCCUCCGUGGAAGACACAAUCACCACAGAAUCCGAGAAAACACUGCCACGACCAGAACAAGCAAUAGAAGAACAGGGACCACAAGAACCUGAGACCCCAAAGAAGACCUCGGUUCUGGACACUGUUCCUCAAUCCCCCAUCAACUCAGAGCUAAAUCCUGAGGUCAAAGUGACCCGCAGGGCUUCACAGGCCACUAAUCAGGUCAAAACUCAAAAGAGGGCAAGACGCCUCUCUGUUCCAGGAAAUCUCCUUUCGUUUCUGUCUGGCGGCUCCCGUCGCUGCAAAUCUGGAUUCUGGGGUGACAAUUCACCAGUUCAGGUAACUAAAAACUCAGAAGAUUCAAGUGCAGCUGAAACUGUGGGAACAUGCCCUUCAGAUGGUACUGAAAGUGAAAACACUGCCAAACCAAAAGAGGAAACACCUGACGUAGUCGAUGCUCCAAGUAACAAAGUUGCUGACAUCAAAGAUGAGGUUGAUACAGAAGAAACUGACAAGAACUUAAAUCUCUCCAGUGCACCAGCACAAACAACAGUUUCUUCUGAAAGUGACACAUUAGGUCUUACCAAAGAGGACACGGAAGCUGCUGAGAAAAGAAAUGGCACUGUGACAAAUUCUGACAAUGACCAAACAUUUUGGAAAUCCCUUCAAAUACCUGCUGUUCUUGACAAAGAUGCAACACAUCAACAUAGCACACAGGUUGUAGCUUUGUGUUUGGAAACAACACUAGCUUUAAAAACUAACAGGAAUGAGGAAAAUCCCAAUGACUACCUUAAUCUGGCCUGUCCUUUGAAAACGUCUACUUUCACAUUAGAUAAUACUAAAACUCCUAAGGUGCCUUCGAGUAUUUUUCCUGAAAGAGCUCCUGACUUUAAGAAUGAACAACCAUCAACUGAACCUUUGGAAACAGAAGAAACAGUUGAAGAACUGGAGACAGAUGGAGGAACAGAGGAAGAAUCAAGACUGCUAGAGACAGAAGAUCAAACAAUCACCAAAGAAGAUCACAUUGCCAUGAAGGUAGAGAGCGAGGACUUUACUGAAGUCAUCAGUGAAGGAGUGAGGCAUGAAGAUGUCAACUCAAACAAUGAAAAGUCUGAGGAAGAAGAAAGCAGUGAAAAAGACAAGGAAACAACAGAGGAGGAAUGUUCGACAAGCAAGGAAGAAGACACCAUGAAGGACGAUCAUGAAGAUGUAGACUCAAUAAACGAAAACAGUGAGAUCUCCAGAAAAUCAGAUGAAGAGAUGGAAACGCCAAUCCAAAAUGAGACAACAAAUAUUACUGAUUCACAGACUCCAGAGAUGUCAAACAAGGAAGAGGAUAAUUUAGAAAAGGAAACGAGUAAUGAAGGAGUUGCUCAAGAUGCGACAGAUUCAAAAGAACCUGAAGAAGAGUUUCCAGAAAUCUCUAAUACAACACCUGACAGUACAGAAGAGGACUCAAAGGAUGCUGUUGAGGAUACAACAGUUGUUUCUGAAUCAAAGCUGAAAAAGCAGGUAAUGUUUGUAGUUCAGGAUGACAAAAACAAAGAGAAGCUUGCAAAUGGCUUGAAUGAUUCAGACUCAGUUCUACCACAUGAAUCGAAUGGAUCCACACAUAAAGAAUCUAAUGAGGACAUGAUACCACCUCUUUCUCCCACCAGUCCUCCGAUGUCUCCUGGGUUUGAAGGGGAAUUGCAUCCCAGCAGGAUGACCGUUAAAAAGACCCGCAAAUUUAUGGUGGAUGGUCGUGAAGUCAGUGUCACCACUUCCAAAGUGGUUAGCGAGGGAGACAGCAAAGAAAAACUAAUGCGCUACAACAGACGGCAGGAGCUGCAUGCGCUGAAACUCUUGCAGAGGGAAGAGCAGAGAGAACAUGCCCAGCUGGAGCUGAAACUGCAGCAACAGCGAGAGCAGAUGUUCCGCCAUAUAGAGCAAGAAAUGACUAGCAAGAAGCAAUAUUAUGACAGCGAGCUGGAAAGACUUGAGAAACAAUAUCAGCAGCAAAGCGGUCAAAUGGAGGCUGAGCACACAUCCAAACUGAGAGAGGACGCACGGAGAAUCAAGGCCCAGCAGGAGAAAGAGCUGAGCCGCAAAAGCAGUGCACUCAAAGCAGACCCUAAAGAGGAGCAGCGGUUCCUGCAGAAGCAACAGCAGGAGCUCAAUGAAGCUCUGCAGAAGGGUGUUCAGGAGCAUAAGAGGAAGGUGGCGUCGAUGGAGUGGGAGAUUACGGUCAAAUCGCAACAGCUCAAGCGAGCUCGAGAAGCUGUGAUCUGGGAGUUAGAACAGCGCCAUCUACAGGAAAAGUAUCAUCUAUUUAAACAGCAGGUGAAAGAGCAAUAUUCCCUACAAAGACAGCAGCUGACCAAGAGACAUAACAAGGAUAAAGAGAGAGCGUCCCGCUUCCAGCAGUCUCUCCUGGAGGAGCAGAAGUCACUGCAGGCCCAGGAGAGAGCGUCGUUCCUGAAGACCCAAAAAGCUGAAGCAAAAUCCCGUCUGAAUCAGUUGAAAAUGGAGCUGAGAAAGCAAGGUCUGAGCGGCCCUGAGCAGAGACAACAUCUCACACAGCUUUUGUCUGAAGAAGAGGCCAGACAGAAGCAAGAGAAACAGAGUCUUCAAGAAAGUCACGAGAGCCAAUUGAAAGCAGUGCAGGAACAAUGUGAUGCCAGUACAGCUGAACUACAGCAGCUUCAGAAUGAGAAGCUUCAAGUUCUUGUGGACAUGGAGAAGAAAAAGAUCAAAGCCCUGGAGGACGAACACACACUUGAGCUCAAUGAAUGGAGAGAUAAGCUUGCGUGCAGGAAAGAGGUGUUAGAGGAAGACCUGGCUCGCAGACGAAGAGAAAAAGAAGGGACCAGGAGACGAGGGAGUGAGCCGGAAAACAGAUUUGCAGCUCGACGCCCAAAGUUCUUCCAUAAUCUAAGCUUCUCCUGACAAAGUUAAGAAAUACUUUCAACUCCAAUGUCAAUUAUAUACAGUAUAUGAUGCUGUCUUUCAACGUUUUGGGGUAAGAAAAGUUAAAUAAAGGAAAUAAUUUUCAGAAAUAUUAUAAUGAAUUAUAUUAAAAUAUAAAACUUUGUAUUUAUUCUACAAUGAAAUUUAUUAUUCAAAUUAUUUAAAUGACAAUAUUUUGAUUUGAGAUUUGGAUGAAAUGUUAGCAGAUUUUUAUAGAAUAAAACAAAUAUUACAAUUUUGCUCAAACUCACACCUAAUAAAUCAGUGAGAUCAUUCUCAUGUUGUCUUAUAAUUAGUUUUUGCAUAGCUGUACAUAUAGAUACAUUGUAUAAGCAACAAAUAAUAACUUGACUUCCUGUUAAUCAUUUGGAAAAGUGGUUAAAGGUAGUAACAUCAGUCAUGUUGGGUGGAGGAAAAAUCAUGGUUAGGGGUUCAGUUACAUUCAGUUUGGGGAUGUGCGAGAGAUCUGCAGAGUUGAUGGCAACAUCCACAGCCUGCGGUAUCAAAAUAUUUGUGCUGCCCUUUGCAUUACAAACCACAAGAGAGGGCAAAUUCUUUAGCAGGAUAGCGCUCCUUCUCACACUUCAGCCUCCACAUCAAAGUUCCUGAAAG